AGUGAGAAAGCGGGGGGCGAAUUACCGGCGGAGAAUCUGCGAGCGGCGAACCGAGGCCCGAUGGAUGCUGCGGAAUCUCCUCUGUCCACUUCUCCAUCGACGCCGUCUUCUUUUAGCCCCCAGCGCCAUUUCUACCUGGCUGUAGACAGACUUCAAUUCAAGAUGGAAACGCUGAUGGAUCUUUUAGGAAUGGCUGGGCAACGUCCUUGCCUUCCAAUGGUUGUGUGCUGCAGCUCCCGUGAUGAGCUUGAUGCCGUCUGUUCCAAUGUCUCUAAUUUAUCCUCGUAUAUUUCUAUUUCUUCUCUGUAUAGUGAUCUUCCAGAAGCAGACAGAGCACGAAUUCUGGAUGAUUUUCGUCAGGCAAUUGUGAGGUGGAAUAGGUUGGGACGAGAGAAACUUGAUAGUGAGUCAGAAAAGGAAGAGGACCGCAAAUCACACUUGAUUGUUGUUACAGAUGCUUGCCUUCCACUCCUUGGCUCCUCCGAGGCCCCUGUUUCAGCUCGCAUUUUGAUUAAUUAUGAGCUGCCAACAAAAAAGGAGACAUAUAUGAGGCGCAUGGCAACUUGUCUGUCAUCAGAUGGGCUAGUGAUCAACAUGGUUGUCGGUGGAGAAGUGGUGAUUCUUAAAAGCCUUGAGGAAAGCAGUGGUAUGGUCAUUGCUGAAAUGCCUAUACACAUAUUCGAGAUGAUGUGAGCAUGUCGUGGUCCCCCCUCGUGAAGCACCCAAAGAUAACAGAUGUGUAAGGCUUAACACAUGUGCCUUCUAUACGCAAAUUAUGUCUUAUAGUUGAAAGUCCUUCAAUGCAGUAUGUCUUGUUUGGAAGAAUUUGCAAGUUUUAACAUUUUAAAUAUGUAUUUACAUUUGGAUUUUGGGCAUCUUGGUAAUUUUUUAUGCCGUUAGAGCUGUUUGGCCUGUGAGGAAAGUGGGUUUUAGCCUACAUGUCCUAAAACUGGUGAUAAGAGGAAAGGGUUUGCCCCUAUGGGUAGAACUGUGAAGGAGAAACAUAGACACCUUGUGUACUUGGCUUUUAAGAACUGGAAAGGGUUUUGGAAUAAGCAUGAAUUAAGUUCUUCCCAUAAUAGAAUAUCAACUAUUUCCAUCAUCUCAAAGGCUGAAGUGGUGCUGGGAAUACUGAAACUUUAUUUUUCAAGGAUUUACAAUCUCUCACCAAAUUUCUAUUGGUUUAGAAGCUACAACUCUGAUAAGGGUCCUCAUCUUUUUCCGAUAUUGCUCCCCUAAUACUGACAACACAAGGAUAAGAACCUUAGUCCCCACAAGGGAGGCCUUUGAUUCUUCUGUUGUCUUCCCAGCUUUCAGAUGGAACAUACUCGAAACGUUCCAAAUACAUGAGUAGUCAGAAGUCAGCAUCAUCAUUAUCUGACAUGAACAGUUUAUUUCAUGAUUUCAAUCAAUUAAGUAGUUCUCCUGUGACAUUGUCUAACAUUCUACAAACAUAAAAACUUGAGCAUAAUUCAAUCUCAAAGGGUCAAUGCAAAAGGAACUCAGAGACUUGCUUUGAAAUGUCAGCAUUUGUUGUAACUAGUGAAGGCAAAGAACUUUUUCAGGCUUGGUUAUCAUUGAAAUGAAAUAAAUGUCAGAAGUAUAACUUGAUUUUUAGAAGUUGGAGAUUAUAAGAAUUUGAACAGUAUGAUCAUGCAGUGCAAUGGAUCAUAUUAAGCAAAAAGACGUCUAUAAUUGGUAGUUUAGUAUGAAUGGUAGUAGGAGUAUAUGAUUCAUAAUUGUCCAUGUUUAUUUGGACUCUUUUAGGGUUAGCAAAUUUGUUAUGUUAGCCUAGGCUUGGGAUAAAAGAUUCUCUCAUAAUUUAUCAACUUAGAACUUUCAAUUAUUGCUUCAUUUUUUGAAGAUCAUUUCUUCAAUAAUUGUAGACUUCUUUCAGAGUUGAAUAUCUUGAGUUUCACUUAUAAUUUCUUGUUCAUUAAGUUCUAAUGUGCUGAAAUGAAAAUGUUGUAAGUUGGAUUACUGACACUUGUUGCUAAUUGGUGAAUUUUACUUAUUCACAUCAUUCUGAAGUCGAUUCUAAUUGGUGCAUAUUACUUUACACAGCAUUCUAAAUUCUUAUAUCACUAUGAGUUGAAUAUUAUCUUUUCCACAUUUAAGAGUCUAUUUCCCCAAGUAUUGUUAUUGCCUUACUAUAUAAUUUCAUUUAGAAAUUGCUGCCAAUGUGAGUCCUUAUCUAUAUGUUUGUCUCAACAUACUGAAUACACAGUGGGGACCGGGAUAAAAAAUGGGAAUGAAGUUCGUCUUGUGAUGUUUUUUGGGUGAAGGUUGUAGAGGCCCACUUUAGGUACUGCUGAAUGAAUGUCUUGCAUGUUA